AUGUAUAAGAGCAGAACACACCUGAGAUUGCUAAAAGAAUGGCAGCCAGUUGACGCUGUCAUUCAGAGAUUGGAAGGGACAGGUUUUGAUCUCGUCCACAGAAUAAACAUGGACUAUCGGACGACAAUCGACUUUUUAUUAGCACUGAUAGAUCAUUAUUCAGUCGACUUGUCAUGUUUUAUCAUUGGGGAUCAGAGGAUAACCCCAAAAUUAGACGAUGUCGCCAGAAUUACGGGGUUCCCCAUUGAUGUCUUGCCCGUACUUGGGCGGGAUUAUAAAGCAAAUGAAUGCCCCGACGUCUGCAAUGAGUUAUUGUUGUCGCCGGAGCUUCUCCAUCCAAAGAAGAGAUGUGAUGUAAUUCUCAGGAAAUUACUACCUUUCAAGAACAUUCUCCCCGUUUUAGUUGGGGCCGGGCUUGACCCAUACGUUAGGGCAUAUGUCCUUUACGUCAUCGGAUGCUUUCUUACUCCCCCUAGAGGUCAUUCUUCAGUUCCGUGCAUGUACUUGUCCUUGUUGAGAGAUGUGGACGCUAUUAGAAAUUAUGCAUGGGGAGCUGCAUUAUUGUGCCAAUUGCAUCACAGCAUGGCAGAAUUUAAAAGGGCAAUGAUUGAUGGAAAAAAUCCCCAAGUCAUGAGUUUUUGUGCCCCUUUUCUUACGGUUUUCUUCUAUGAACACAUCCCUAUAAUUCCAUGCACUCUCUAUGAUGUGGAUAUUUAUAAAGAGAAUUUUGAGGAAAGAGAGUUGUUUUCUAUCUUUCCAUUAAUGAUGGGAUGGUCUCAUGCGGUGGAGCGCAAGUCCAAAAACUCCUAUAUCAAAAAGAAAAGAGAGGAGUUUGAUGUGAUGCUUACAAAUGAAAAUAUUGUGUGGCAGCCAUAUGCAAGAUUGCCCGACAAUUUUCUGCCUCAUUAUCUUGUUGGGUAG